AUGCCAUACGUACAGCCUGCAGCAGCAGCAGCAGCAGCAGCAGCAGAAGCAGCAGCAGCAGCAGCAGCAGCAGCAGCAGCAGCAGCAGCAGCAGUAACAGGAGCCGUGGUUAAUGAAGGGAGCAACUGCAGCAGCAGCAGCAGCAGCAGCAGCAGCAGCAGCAGCAGCAGCAGCAGCAGCAGCAGCAGCAGUAGCAGUAGCAGCAGCAAGAGCUGUAGUUAG